CUAUCCGGUUUUCUGCUCCAGGUGAAGGCCCCACCUUGGCCCUGGAUUACCCCAGGGCAGGGAGGACGGACUGAGCAACCCCACUCCCUCCCGGGACUCCUGAGGGACAUUCAGAUUUGGAGUCCAUUCAAGAAGACCCCAGACUAUCCCGCCCUCCAGGCGGACGGGGCUGCUCGACGCUGGGAGGCAGCGCCCGGGCAUCGAAGAUGGAGCAGGAGAGGGAGCAGCGUCCGGAGGUGGAGGAGGAGGAGGAAGGGGGAGAGGUGGAGCCUUCGGCAGAGCGGCUGCAGGCGGGAGGCGAGGAGGAGGAGGAUGAGGAGGAGGGCGCGGUGCCCUUUGCCCUGUUGGCGGCGCCGCCCGCCCCCUGCCACUGCGCGGUGUGCGAGAAGGGCUUCAGCUGUCGGUCCCACCUGGAGCGCCACCUGCGGGUGCACACGGGCGAGCGGCCCUUCGAGUGCGCGGUGUGCGGCAACCGCUUCAACCGGGCCAGCAACUUGCGGCGGCACCAGCAGCACCGGGCGGCGGCCGGGGGGCAGGGCCCCCUGGAGUGCCCGCUCUGCCACCGGCUCUUCUGCGUGACCGGGGACCUGGUGCGGCACCGUCGGGCCCACGCCGGCGAGCGGCCCUUCGAGUGCGCGGUGUGCGGCAAGCGCUUCUGCCGGCUGGCGGUGCUGGAGAUCCACCAGCGGUACCACACCGGCGAGCGGCCCUACCAGUGCCCGCUGUGCGCCAAGCGCUUCUACACCUCCAGCGAGCUGAACCGCCACCGGCGCACCCACACCGGCGAGCGGCCCUACCAGUGCCCACACUGCGCCAAGUGCUUCUACACGGCCAGCAAGCUGGCGGUGCACCGGCAGAUCCACACCGGCGAGCGGCCCUACCCGUGCCCGGAGUGCGCCAAGCGCUUCUACACCGCCGGCAAACUCCGCCGGCACCAGCGCACCCACCGGCCCGCCAGCCAGUUCAUCUGUGGCGUCUGCGGCAAGACCUUCGCCCGGACCAGCCACCUCACCAACCACCAACGCACCCACCGCUGAGGAGGGGCCACACUGGCAGCGGGCGCAACCCCCAACGGGCCACCAGAGCUGGGGGAAGGGUUUUGGCACGGACCCCUCACCGCGCGCUCUCUCUCUGUGUCCCGCCUUGGUGCUCUUGUCACCCUCCACCCCAUUCCCCGCCCCCCCCCCAAAGCCGGGCACACCCCUCCCUCCCUCUGCGCGCGGGCACUGGGGGGAGGGCAAGAUAACUUUCAAUAAACGGUCAAGGGAA